AUGGAUUGCUGUGGGGCCCUUUUCCUCUGCCUGUGCCUUCUGGCUUUUCAGAAUGGGAAAGCAGAGACAUCAGAAGAACUCCUGCAAUGGAUGGUGAAAAUGGAGGGGACCAAGAGCCGGAGGCUGCCCUCUCCUGCUCAGCAGGUUCACAUCCUGGAGCAGAUGCUGCUGAACACCAGCUUCCAGGGCCACAGCCUGACCUUGCGGACACACACCAUCCAGUCUCUGGCCUUCAAGCUGGGAUGCGACUUCACUGGCCUCUCACUGAGCAGUGGUAUUCUGGAGCGGGUGCCCCAGGUGGGUGGAGAGCAGGCCAUGGCCCGGCACGCCAUGCAGUUCCCUGCUGAGCUGACCCAGGAUGCCUGCAGGACCCGUCCCAGGGAGCUGCGGCUCAUCUGCGUCUAUUUCGUCACCACCGACUUUUUCCAGGACGAUGACAACUCAUCUCUGCUCAAUAACCAUGUCCUGGGGGCCCAGCUGAGCCACGGACACGUGAACAACCUCAGGGAGCCGGUCAACAUCAGCUUCUGGCACAACCAAAGCCUGGAAGGCUACACAAUGACCUGUGUCUUCUGGAAGGAGGGAGCCAGCAAGCACUACUGGGGGACCUGGAGCCCUGAAGGCUGUCACACAGAACAACCCUCACCUUCCCAGGUGCUCUGCCGCUGUGACCACCUCACCUAUUUUGCUGUUCUCAUGCAAAUAUCUCCAGCCCCAGUCCCUGCAGAGUUGCUGGUGCCUCUCACGUACAUCUCCCUGGUGGGCUGCAGCAUCUCCAUCGUGGCCUCGCUGCUCACCGUCCUGCUGCACUUCCUUGCCAGGAAGCAGAGUGACUCCAUGACACGCAUCCACAUGAACCUGCACGCCUCCGUGCUGCUCCUGAAUAUCUCCUUCCUACUGAGCCCUGUGCUGGCCAUGUCCCCUGUGCUGGGGUCAGCGUGCACAGCACUGGCCGCCACCCUACACUAUGCGCUGCUCAGCUCCCUCACCUGGAUGGCCAUUGAAGGUUUCAACCUCUACCUCCUCCUGGGGCGCGUCUACAACAUCUACAUCCGCAGAUAUGUGCUCAAGCUCUGCGCGCUGGGCUGGGGGGUCCCAGCCCUCCUGGUGCUGUUCCUUCUCACUGUCAAGAGCUCAGUGUAUGGACCCCGUGUGAUCUCCCUCUCCGACAGCCAGGAAAAUGGCACAGGCUUCCAGAACAUGUCCGUAUGCUGGGUGCGGAGCCCUGUGGUGCACAAUGUCCUUGUCAUGGGCUAUGGUGGCCUCACGUCCCUUUUCAACCUGGUGGUGCUGGCCUGGGCGCUGAGGGCUCUGCGUAGGCUGCGGGCACGGGAGAAGGUGCCAGGCGCCCGGGCCUGCCGGGACACUGUCACUGUGCUGGGCCUCACUGUGCUGCUGGGCACCACCUGGGCCUUGGCCUUCUUCUCCUUCGGCAUCUUCCUGCUGCCCCAGCUCUUCCUCUUCACCAUCUUCAACUCGCUGUACGGUUUCUUCCUCUUCCUGUGGUUCUGCUCGCAGAAGAACCGCUCAGAGGCCCAGGCGGUGGCAGAGAUGGAGGCCUUCAGCUCCUCCCAGAUGAUGCAGUAG